AUGGUGGUGGCGGCGGUGGCGAAGGUGAUGGCGGCGGGUAUGGUGGUGGCGGUGGUGGUGGCCAUGGAGGUGGUAGCGGAGGCAGACAUGACGGCUCCAGCGGCGGCGGUGGCGGGUAUGGCAGCUACAGCGGCGGCGGUGGUGGGUAUGGCGGCUCCAGCGGCGGCGGUGGUAGGUAUUGCGGCUCCAGCGGCGGCGUUGGUGGGUGGUGGGUAUGGCGGCUCCAGCGGCGGCGGUGGUAGGUAUUGCGGCUCCAGCGGCGGCGUUGGUGGGUAUGGCGGAUCCAGCGGUGGUGGUGGUGGGUAUGGCGGCUCCAGCGGUGGCGGUUAUGGCGGUUCUAGUGGCGGCGGCUAUGACGGUGGGAGU